AUGAAGCGCGGCAGGCAGGGCGGGUCCGCACUCCCCCCGUGUCUCGCGUACCGCCUCUCCCAACUCGCCCCUCCCGGUUCCUUCCUUCACUCCUCCUACCAGAGAUUACGACAAAGCCUCGCCUCAUCGCGCCGCUCCCAGGCUGUCGCCGUCUCCGUCCUCACUAUAGUCAUCCUUUUUAUCAUUGUCGCCCUCCUCCGAUCCCGGCCCCCUGCCGACACCCGGCCGAUCGAGGAGCGCGAGAACUGGCGAAUAGAGGCGAACCGCGCGUGUCUGCGGAAGAAGGAAUGGCGGCGUCCGCUGUGUUGGCGCACGGAAGGCAUCGUGUGGCACGUGCGCCAGUUCGAAAUCUGGAAAGUCGUCGCCUGGGAAGCUCAAACCACCGCCGCCGCUGACGCUGCUGCUGACUCAGAAACAGCCUCCGCAACCGACGGCGGCGGAAGCGGCGAAAACGGCGGAGAAUCGGCAACAGCGGGUUCAGCAUCAACGGCUGUAGCGGGAUCAGCUGUAGCGGGCGUACUGCCGUCGUCAGCCGUGACCGUCCCGAUGAGCCAGAUCGACCUGGGGAUCCUCAAGAGCCCUGCGCUCGCCGCCAAGUGGACGGCCGGCACGAAGCCGGCGCCCGACGGGCUGCUGCACGUGCUGGUGGACCAGUUCCCGUGCGCCGCGCACGGCUGCUGCGCCAUCCACUGGCAACUACGACCUAAUUCCACGGACCUGCUCUCGUUAGGAAACCACUUUGUGCGCUUCGAGUACUCCGCGCUGCUUAAGAUUCCGAUCGAGCCGAAAUAUAUUCUGGACGCGGGCGGGACGGGGAUGGCGGCGCUGGCGUUCGCGCUGCUGUACCCCGACGCGCUGGUGGUGCGCGUGGAGCCCGAGGCGGAGAACUUCCGCGUGGGGGUGGUGAGCAGUGCGCGCGUGGGGAACAUCGUGCACGUGCGCGCCGCGCUCUGGGACCGCAUUGCGCCGCUCUCCUUGUGCGAAUCGCAGUCGGAACUGCCCGGGGAUGCCGACUGGCCGUUCGCGAAUUCGAGCCGGCAGUUAGGGUUUGUGACGGAGGAAGGUGGGGAAAGCGGAGGCGGAGGGGGAGGGGGUGGCGGAGCGGGGAGUGGCAAGAAGAAGAGGGUGAAGGAAGCGAAGCGGACAAGGUACCAGGAAAGUCUGGUGGGAGCAGGGCCGACAUGCGAAGGCAGGAUGGACAUUGAGGGGGCGGAGCGGAGGGUGUUUGCGCACAAGCCGUCGCUGAGGGUGCUGCGCGGUGUGCAGGUGUUCAUAGGCGAGCUGCAUGAGGGGGGAGGCGUGUGCGAGGGUUGCAAGGGAACGGUGCUGCGGAAUUUUGAACGGUGGGGAGGGUUUAAGAAGUUUGUGGAUGGGCGGAAUGUGUUGAUGCUAAGUCAAGACCUCUUCUCGUGCUAG